AUGUCCAAGAGGGACAGAUCCCCAUCGCCUUCUGCCAUUCACCCGCCACGCGCAUUCAAGCGCCCCGAGGCCAUCAACGACUUCCAACAGUUCACUCAGGAUGUGCAGGACAGCGUCCGCCAAAUGCUACCUACUGGCGGGCGUCGGUAUGCUCAGGCGGCCAUUCUCGCUGUCAACUUCUCUGUGUCUGAUAUCCCGGAGGUUAUACCGCUCCGGGACGAGCUGCUAGACGUCCUUAACAAGACGUACAAUUGUUCGGUGGACAAGUACACCAUCGAUUGUACCCAGGCGCAUCCAAGGGCUCUAUUCAAUCUUAACCUGGCAGUGUUGAAAUUUCCUGGCAAAAACUCCUCAAGUGAUGAUACCAGCGGGGGCCUUGCAUGCAUCUACUUCUCUGGUCACGGCUUCCAAGGCUCGAAAGAGGGUCUCGACGUCUGUGGCUCGUAUUCGGCAUCAGUCCCAAAGCAACCAUAUAUCCCAUGGGCGAAGUUAUCAUUAGGACACGCCCCGUCCCCGAACGACCACCGACUCGUCAUUAGGGAUUGCUGCGCAGCAGGACUUGCCAACCUAGAUCAGAGCGAUGUUGAGGUGCUUGGCGCCUCGGCCUGGGAAUCUGAAGCGGCCGUAAAUCCUCAGGUCAGCUUUGCCCGCGCUCUAAUCAACGAUCUAGAUAGUAAAUCACGGCCUCUCGGCCAACUUUUCGAAAUCAAGCCUAAAACACGGAAAGAGCAUACGCCUAGAACCGCCGCGAAUAGCAUAUUACGCACCCCUAAGUGCAGCCUCGUGCAGCUACUAGCGGGUGCGCAAUAUGCUGCCAAAGAUCACGAAUUAGGCGAGGUUCUCCCCUUUACGGGUGGAAAACUCUUCCCCGCCCUCGCUGACUAA